AUGGCGGCAGGGAAGAAGAUUGCGCUGGUCACCUGCAGCACCCGCGGCCGUCGUCUCAAUCCCUUCAUCACGAGCUAUGUCCAACAAGUGGUGGCUCCCUUGUGGCCCAGCAUCACCAUCGAAACACUUGACCUGGCAAGCCCUCGUCUGCCCCUCUUUGACGAGCCGACCACACCGGCCCAGCACCCGCACGACGACCCAACACCGCACUAUGCAAGGGAGCACACGAGGGCAUGGUCUGCAGCCGUUCGUCAGUACGACGGCUUCAUAUUCGUGACGCCGCAGUACAACUGGAGCGUUCCUGCCAGCCUCAAGAACGCCCUCGACUACCUGUUUCACGAAUGGAAAGGCAAACCGGCGGGCAUCGUGUCGUAUGGAAGCAGAGGGGGCGGCAAAUCGGCGAGCCAUUUGCGAGAUAUUCUUCAUGGCUUGCGGAUGAAGCCGGCUCCUUCGGCCCCCGGCCUGACCACUACUCUGGACAUGGUUGGCCUUUGCGAAGAGCUGGGCAGCGUCAGGCAAGAGGAUAAGGUGCGGUGGAAGGAGGCGGGUGUUGAAGAGCAGCUGGCAAGCAUGAUGGAGGAGAUGAGGCUGGAACUGUCUGCAGCAUAA